AUGAUUUCACGUUUGUUGUGCAAGUAUUGCAUCGAGGAUGAAGAUGCCUACGUUUACGACGAUUCGAUUUGUGCUCUAUCAGAAUGCCCAGCUUCAAACAGUUCUCAUUACACGCUUGCCAUUAUUUUCAUCAAGCCUUGUAGCCUAGUCUACACCGCCAGCUUUUGGAAUAGCAAGGACGAGAAGUGGGUUGUGAUCCCGAAACUUCCUUACUUAGAGAAUAUCACUGAUAUCACUUUUUAUAAGGGUGAAUUCUAUGUUGUCGAUAGCAAAGGGAGAAUGGUUGCAUCGAGUGGGUUCGAUGAUGCUAUUCGACCUCUGAUUACGCGACCAACUUGGGCAUUGGAUAGAUGGAGUAGCUUGAGUGACAAGGUAUACUUGGUAGAAUCAGCAGGAAAGUUAUUGCAAGUCCUUCGUUGCUACCCCGACCUUACCUUACCAAAAUACAUCGAUCAACGAGUUUCGAAAUUCAUAGUUUGGGAGGUUAAUGUUGACAAAGGGGAGACUAAAGAAGUGAAGAAUUUGGGAAAUAGAGCACUGUUUUUAGGUCUUAAUUCUUGCUUUUCAAUGGAGGCAUCUCCGCAUUGUUGUAAGCCUAAUUGCAUCUACUAUGUUAGCGAUUAUGGACACCACGUAAACAUGGGCGUAUAUGAUAUAACCUCCGGCCAAAAAAUCGAGGAUCACAUUAGUCCAAUUGUAGCAGCAACAAGUACAUCUUUCUGGGUCGAAGCUCCUUCUAGCUGUUGUAUCAAAUCAUAA